GGAGAAAUACAAACAGAUCUGGGAGCAGACCGAGUUUCCAUUUCGAGGAAAUCUCGCGGCGCCCACAAUUACUUCCAAAACCAUGGCUUCAGCUGGAGCAAUCAAUGACUCAGGUCUCUUGGCCAUUGCGCUGGUCAUCAGAUCGAAAGAUGGUCCCCGCUUCGUAUUCCAUUACCCUCCACGUCCGACGACAAAGACCUCCCGCUGCGAGAAGCUGUACGGAACAGAGCUGGACGAGAGUGAUUCGGAGGAUGAGAACGAACAACGAGAUGAAUUGGACGAUUCUGAUCUUGAGGAAUCGCGUUUCAUGGCAGGCAAGGGGCUUGGCAAACUCGAUCUCAAUGAUAAACCUGAAGGAAAGAAGACUGAUCACGUGGAGGUCCUCGAAGGAGAUGACCACUACGACGACGCGAGUGGUGAGCAGGUGGUUCCUUGGGAGACCUUGUUCAACUUCACAACUGCCGAUCUCCGAAGCAUCCUGACCCCGGCAAGAGCCUAUCACAAGAAGAAAUUCGAGUUGUCCUUGGAUCCUCUUCACUUCGUAACAUACCCAAUCCAUAUCCGCGAGGAUGGAUCAUGGAAGAAGAAGAAGCCAAAGAAGGCCAAGAAACAGAACUCUUCAGCUCCGUCCGAGGGAAGCAAGGGUGGCGAUGGUACCACGGUCCAGGAAGGAGCCGGCAAAGCUGCUGACAAUAAUUCCGAAGAUGGUGACGAUCAUGGAGGCAUGACAAUGUUCAAUGUUGUCUUUGUACUCAGCCUUCCGAAGCAUGAAGCGGAUGAGAGGAUUACGGAAAUCUAUCAACAUGUGAUCAAAAGCUUUCACAAGGCUUUGAACCAUGCCCAAGCUUCUUCCAAUUAUGUGUGGAAGGAGUCGGAGAUGAUUCUUGGAAUGAAGGAAAAGGCAAGAGAAGAAAGACGACCCAUGAGCUGGUUGUGGAGCGAAAUACUUGUCCGAUCGACGUUGGCCAGUUCAAUUCGAGAUGUCUUCAUUGCUGUUUCGAACAACAAGAUCGCCACUAUUCAACUGAACACAACUCCGCCAUUGGAUUUGUCACUUCAGAUUCCAGUCCCAUCCUUCCUCACACGACUCCCUACACCGACUGAGCGAGCUAUGCCUGGUUUGAUUGUCACAACAGCCAACCCUUUGGUCAACGAUGAAGGAAGUGAAGAGCAAGAAGUCUUGAACAAGCACUUUGCCUUACUUCUCCUCAAUGACGAGAGUAAGAUCAUUGCAGAAAUCCAGGCAGACGAUACCGAUAUAUCAGCACCGCUCCUGGAAUGCAUUCGACUAUGCAAGCCAGCUCAAUCCUUCCUGCAGGUCGCUCAAGCCAACAACAUUGAGCUUGGAAGCUUGCUGAUCUUGGCCCAACACUUAAUCCACUGGCGCCGAGCUAUUGCCAUCCCACCACUGCACUCCCGCGAGAUGUACAUCGUGUCUCCCAACUGCGAUAGUCGAAAGCUCCCCGCCGCAAGCGUCGCAUGGAAGAAAGCAUUUCCUCUUGCACCUUCUCUUCCUAGCUUCUUGGCCAUGCUAUCAGCCGCUCCUCGCCCAUACAAAUCCUUCGCACCGAGCAAGAACCAUCGCCCUACAUAUCUCGAAAUGCUUGCCUGGCUUAUUCGGGGCGGUUGGGUCACGCAACUACGCACAUUUGCGUGGAUCUUGGUUUGGCCGGAAAUCAUCUACGAGGUUGAUUAUGAACUGAAGGCUGAAGCCAUCGAAAAGUCAAAGAAGGGUACCAAGUCUCACAGCGGAUCGAGCGAGUCACCAGAAUCGACCGAUGAGUCUGGUCCCGACAAGAACAGUGAUAAUGACCAGAUCACAGCUUUGACGACUGAACAGGUCGCCGAAAACGCUCGUCUAGGCAGACUUGCCGACAAAGCUGCCAAGCAGGCUGCUGAGGAGGCUGCUACUUUCGCGAAGAUGCCUGUCCCUGUCGCCACGGAACAUAUUUCCAAGAACCAGGCUGAGCACCUCAAGAGCAUUGCCCCGUAUAUCAUCAAGGACCCUCACAGGGUUUCACAUGAGGAGUCUCUGUACAUCGCUGCUAUCGGAAAGCGCAUUCUGGAUCCGAAGGCCAAGGACUGCUGGCAAAAAUUUGUGAAAUACUUCAAUGGCAACGAGGCUCUGGAGACAAUUGCACUUCGUGAAAACAUGAAGCGCAAGGAAACUUGGGGCAUUUUGAUGCACUACCAGGAGCAUAUAUUGAUUUGUAAGCAUUGGUGAGAUCAGAGCGCUGUGUUUGUUGAGGUAGGACCGUUUAUGGUUCACUACCUAUGCUCUUGAGGACUUGCCACGAUUUUACGCAGGAAGCGGGCUUUUCAGAACACAGUGACUCUUCGUGGCGUUAUCAGGUUGUUUUCAGAGAUACCCAGGUAGAUUUG